AUGUCGGUUUUCCUUGGAUUUUAUGGACUCUACGACUUGUACUAUAACUCCGACUCAAAAUUAGACGAUUUGGAAUGCUCGGAAUGGCAAAAAAUCGUGUUCUACUCGGCAUUCAAGACGAUUCUAUUUCUUUUGUAUUUUAUCGACCAAACUCUUGUUCCCACGGCGAUUUCUAAUGAAACAAUGCUAUUUUAUGGAAUGUGUGGAUAUGGAUUGAUUUCAGGGUGGCUGCCAGUGCUGAAAGCCUACCAAUUCGUCAGUCUGUUCCUAAUGUGCCUCCAAACUCUAUUCCUUGUCAUCGGAGCUCUUCACACUAUCAAAAUGGCUCUUCUCUAUGCAAACCGAAAAAUGUCGGUUUUUCUUGGAUAUCUCGGAUUUAUCGACUUCUAUCACAACACCAACACAAAAUUAAACGAUUUGAAAUGCUCGGAACUGCAAAAAAUCGUGUUUUAUUCGGCAAUCAAGACGAUUCUCUUCUCGCUGUACUAUAUCAAUCAAAAUCGUGUGCCAUGGAUGGUUACGAAUGAAACAAUGUUGACAUAUGGGAUGUGUGGAUACGCAUUGAUUACAGUGUGGCUGCCAAUGCUGAAAGCCUACCAAUUAGUCAGUCUCUUCCUAAUGUUCUUCCAAACUCAAUUCCUUGUCAUCGGAGCUCUUCACACAAUCAAAAUGGCUCUUCUCUACCGAAACAUCCCGCCGGUUUUCCUCGUUUGGGAUUGGAAACUCGGUCUUGCUCACUUCAUUCCUUUGUAUAUGUCUCGAAUUUUUGAAUUUUUAAAACCUGAAACCAAAGAAACCCUUUUCGAAUUCAUUAAAGAAACUUUCAUCCCUCCACCUUCUAUGAAUUUGAAUGGACCGCUCUGUUUUACCUGUGUCAUCACUGCUGCUAUUGUCUUUUUUAAAUGUGCAAAGUGGGGUUUUAGAGAGCUCAGAUUGGAUCAGUGA